GGAAUCAGUUACUCGCAAAAGAUUCUCCCGGCACACACACCUGCCUACUGUUCUCCCUCAUUCUCCCUCUUUCUCCCUCUCUAGAAGUCCCGAAGAGCUUUUACUUAUUGUUUUGAGGAAGUGCAGUGGAAAAAAGAGGUUUCGAAAGCGUCGCCGUUCGUCUAGUGCCCAGGAACUCCUAGAUCAAUAGAUUCCUUUGUUUUUGUUUUUUUUCUAACGGAGUACGAAGGGAGAAGGAAAAUGCCGCGUGGAGGAAGCACCAGGAAGAGAAACAGCGGGAGGGACAUGGAUGAGAGCGAUGACUGGUGGGACGUAAUGUUUCAGCUGGGUAUGCCCGUCCUCUACAUCCUGGGCAUCAUCACAGGCAUCAUCGGAACCAUCUGCCAGGGGGUCAUCACGGAGUAUUGGUCUAACCUCGAACCGGCCGUCUGCUUCCUCUAUGCCAAGACCGCCACCUCCUCCGUCGUGUACACCUUCGGCAGCGCCCUCGCCGUGUGCAAUUGGGUGACAUACGGCGGCGUGGUGGCUAUCAUCAUCGCCUUCAUCUCCGGCCUCGUCUACACCAUCCAGGUUCGCACCCACAAGGACCUGACCAUCUCCGCCGCCUGCUCCGUGACGGGCAUCCUGGUGACCUUCCUGCUGAUGUUGGCGGUCACCUGCACCAUGGCCGAGGGGAUGAGAAUUACCUGCACGUCGAUGGGACUCAACUCCGCCAACAAUAAGGGCGAAUCUUGCUAUGAGAAGCUGGACAAGAGGGCCUUGGGGGAGCAGCUACCCGUACAAACGUCCACCAUGGUUCGUUCUGCUAUGGUGGCUUUCAUCGGCUCCACUGUCAUCUUCUUCAUCAUCGCCUGCUUCCACCUCUCAGACUUCUACCGGCGUACCCUCAGACACCGCUACGACGCUGUGGCUUACCGUGAUCGGGCGUGAAGGGCUUGUGAAGGGCCGUGAUGUAGUCUGCUGUGUCGCCCGUGUGUCAGUUUCUCCUUCUUUGGAUUUGGUUUUGUCUCUCUCCCUCUCGGCGUUGAAUAAGUUUAGAUGCUUUGGUGCCUGAAGUUAUUAUUUUUUUUCUUGAAGUCACUUAGUUCUUGUGUUUUUUCCCUCUUCUGCGGUUCGUGGUAUUUUUAAGAGAGGGACAUCAUAUUUGUUUUCUGUUCAGUGUUCUCCUACUCCUGUUCUUCCUCCUCCUCUAUGUUUCAAUAUAUUUUUAGAUUAUUCCCUAGUUGUACGUACUUUAACCUGCAUGUAUAAUUAGUUGUAAGCCAUUUUUAUAUAUUCAUAACACAAGUUUCCUAUUUUUAUAGCUUAAGUUGCAUCAUAUUUUUAUCAGUAUUGCUUGAUUACGUAUAGUAUCUGUACAUGACUUGAUCUCUUUUCGUACGAGACUACAAAGGAUCGUAUGACGUCAGCGGCAACGUCUCACAAACAAGAAGGAAGGGGAUCAGCAGCACUAGCCACAGAAACGUUAAGUGGUGGUCAUGAUAGGUAGACUGUGUUCAGGUGUGUGUGUGUGUGUGUGUGCCUGCCCUCUGAUUAACCUGCUGAAGAGUGCCGCAGGUAGUGACAGGGCAGAAGGGUUUAUGGGUAUGAUUUAUGUUCCCGAGGCAUCGCAUUAACAUAGUUGUUUCACCCGUAUGUCUGUAUAGUUGUUGUCAGUGCCAGACCAGGAUGUAAGGGUGUAAGAAUACGUCCACCUUUGAUCUAUUAGCGAGCAUUUUCCACGGGUAAAAAUAUCAAAUUAGCAGGAUGGAAAAUGCAGCGUUUUACCUCUCUCUGGUUUUCGUGGAAGAGCGAUGACUUUUUGCAUCGGUUUGGAGCGUAAUGAUUUUUCUGUUCGUUAUUUUCCGCACGUUAUGUUCCCGUGUGUCGCCGUGUGCGUGGCUGCGAGACACCAACACUUAGCGACCACGAGAAGGUGAAACAUGACGCCUCGCAGGAUAAGUGUGCCUCGCGGGGUCACGAGUUAGCGUCAAGACACCACUUGUUGAGCCUGGCGAUGCUUCCUUGAAGGGCUCUUUAAUGCCACUGGGAAUGAGUGCUAAAUAUCUUGAAUCUUUAUAUCCUCAGUGAUUUCCGGGAGCUGGCGGUGUCCAUUCACCUAAAAUGAAAGAGAUUGGGAUGUUCGAGUUUAUAUUUGAGGUCAAUUUUGUCUUUUAGGCCAGAAUAAAACGAAUUGAAGUGGUUCGUGUGAUCAGUGGCAGUCGUUUCCAUCCAUCGCGGGGAUCAAAGACGAUUAGAAAAAGUAAGAUGUUUGUGUGUGUGUGUGGGGGGGGGGGGUACUCCUUUAGGCUGUUGGCAAAGGCUGAAACGAGAUACUAAUACAUUUUCCAAGGUAAUCGUUACUGGAACCUGUUUAUAGUUUCUUCCCAGACUUCGUUUAGCUGAGAAAAGUCGGAAAGCUUAUACAAAAAAAAAAAAUCAUGGUCCUGUUGAGUCAAAGCAGCAAGACAUGCGUAGUUCUUAUCCUGCAUCAGAUAUAAUAAAACGAGGGAGUUUUUCAAGCCAUUCCUUCCUUGUUUGUUUGUGCCGUGAGUUGCCGCGACACAGGCCUAGGUAGUGUAAUACUUUGAUUUAAGGGGCAGCCUGAUUUAGAUGUAACCAUUUGUGUGUAAUACCCGAUCACUUCUUGUUCUUUAGUGUUUUAAGUUAGUGUAGGUUUCUGCUAAGACUAUUUACCUACCCACUGAUGAAGUUUCGUUUGUUUUAGGCUUGACAACUUUCUGAUUGACAAGGAGAGACAUGUAAAUAUAAGUAGAAUAAAAAAGCUUGUAAUAAUUAGGGGUACAACUCUCUAAUCUUUUCCAUUUCUUCAUUUUUUUAGGGUGAGUUAGAGGGUCAUAUAUUUUUAAACAUUUCCGAGCACAAAGUCACGCAUUUGGCAAGGCUUUCGUAGGCGUGGGACAUUUCCAGAGGGAGUUUUAUGACCCUUUUGGUAGUUUGAUCAUUCUUCUGUACCGUGAACCUAAAGAAACGCUCAUUGGAACCCCACUGAUCUCCGUUUGAUCUGGCUUUCGAAGGAGUCUGGGGCAUUUCCAGAGGUAGUUUUAUAACCCUCUUGCUCGCCUGAUCAUUCCUCUGUACCGUGAACCUAAAGAAACUCACUGAAACUCGACUGAUCUCCUUCCAACUUGGCUUUCGUAGGAGUUUGGGGCAUUUUCAGAGGUAGUUUUAUGACCCUCUUGCUCGCCUGAUCAUUCCUCUGUACCGUGAACCUAAAGAAACAGUCACUGGAACCCAAUUUAUCUAUUUUUUGGCCUUUUGAAAUACUUGAUACGAGAGUUUGAAGUUUCUUAGAGUAUCGAUCAUUGUCUAUACAGUUUUAAUUCAGGUUUUCCCACACUGAUUCUGUUCCUGGUUAUUAACAAAGGUUCAAAUUCCGUUUAAGUGCUCUAGCUAACGUUCUAUGACCUCUUUCGUGCACCUGAAUGAUGAACUGUAUUUGUAGUGUUAAUUUAUAUAAUGUUUACUAUAAAAAUGUUGUGAAAGAGUA